CGUGAUGCUCCUUUUUUUUGUCAGUAAAGCAUAUUUUCGCAAUCAAACCGGUCGGCAAUUAUUAUGUUGUGGCUCCUUCCCCUGUGGCUUAGUGUCCCUUUGGGCCUUCUGGCCUCUUUGCUGGGACUGGCAUUUUACUUUCUGACCAACCAGUUUGACCAUUGGAAGAACAAGGGCGUCAAGUAUGUGAAGGGAGUGCCCUUUUUUGGAUCUCUGUACAGUUCCAUGACCCUGAAGGAACACAUCGUGAUCAAUCUGAACACCAUUUACAAGCAGUUCCAGGAGGAAAAGUUUGUCGGCUGUUUUCAGGGACGCAGGGCAUCUCUUAUUAUUAGGGAUCCUGAAUUAAUAAAAAAUAUCACCGUGAAAGAUUUCUCGUAUUUCUAUGAUCGUGGAAUCAAGGUGCAUGAAGAAGCCGAUCCAAUGGAAGCCAAAAAUUUAUUCAACCUCGAAGGUAAAAAAUGGAAGGAAAUGAGAAGCAAACUAUCUCCAACCUUCACAUCGGGGAAGAUAAAAAUGAUGACGCCUCUGAUGGAGGAGGUGGGCCAUAUUCUUCAGGCGCACUUGGACGGAGUUGCAGAAAAUGGACAAUCAUUCGAAGCAAAGGACUUGGCCUCAAGGUUUACAACUGACGUAAUUGCAAGUUGUGCAUUUGGAGUCAAAUGCAAUUCGAUUGAAAACCCAAACACUGAAUUCCGAGUUAAGGGCAAAAAAUUGACCGAACUUGAUUUUUGGAAAGCAAUUAAGUCGUUUAUUAUUUUCUUCUUGCCGGAAGUUGGUGUAACACUGAGAUUUGCAUUUAUUGAUGCAGAGUUGACAAAUUUCUUCCGAAAAAUGGUCCAAGACGUGAUGGAUAUUAGAAAGAAAACUGGCCAAAUCCGCAAAGAUUUCAUGCAGUUGCUGAUUGAACUGAAAGAAAAGGGUUCGAUCUCGAUUGAAAAUAAGGAGGAGGAGAAAGAAAUUAAAGAAUUAAAUGGAUUUGGAACGACCCACAAUAGCACAAACAAACUGACGCACGAUGAUUUGACUGCUCAAGCCACUGUCUUUUUCUUGGCUGGUUUUGAUACUUCUUCGACGCUGAUUUCCUUUGCAAGUUUAGAGCUCGCCGCUGACCAAGAGGUCCAAAGUAAACUUCAGGCUGACAUUGACCAGGCUUUAAGCAACCACGGAGGAAAGCUCUGUUAUGAUGCUUUAAAAGAAAUGAAAUAUUUGGAUGCCAUCGUUCAAGAAACUCUUCGCAAGUACCCACCAGCAGGAAACUUGAUUCGCAUCUGCUCCAAAAACUAUGUCAUUCCUGGAACGAAAGUGCAAAUUGAUGAGGGAACUCCGCUGAUAAUACCUGCGUACUCUCUGCAGAACGACCCCAAAUACUUCCCGAACCCCGAGAGGUUUGACCCAGAACGAUUCACGAGUGAGGACGCCCUACACAAGUAUCAAUAUCUGCAUAUGCCGUUUGGAGAAGGUCCCCGCCAAUGCAUCGGCAAUCGUUUUGCAUUGAUUCAGUCAAAAAUGGGGAUAGCCACCAUUUUUAGCAAAUAUGACGUGACAUUAGCAAAGGAAACAAAAUAUCCGCCCACAUUUGAUCCCAAGCAGUUUAUUCUGGCAGCUGAAGGGGGUAUUUGGCUCAACGUGAAACCUCGCAAUGAAGGGUGAAUAAGGGACAUUUUUUUUACUAAAUAAAAUAAAAUAAUAUUUUAUC